AUGGCUUCUACACGGGCAGAGAGCGAUGCCUUUGGCGAGAUCCAGGUCCCGGCCGACAGGUACUGGGGAGCUCAGACGGAGCGCUCCCUGGAGAACUUCAGGAUCAACCAGCCGCAGGACCGCAUGCCGCCGCCUAUUGUCAAGGCCUUUGGUAUUCUGAAGGGUGCGGCGGCCACCGUGAACAUGAAGUUCGGCCUGGACCCAAAGGUUGGACAGGCUAUCCAGCAGGCCGCUGCUGAAGUCGCCGACCUGAAGCUGAUCGAUCACUUCCCGCUCGUCGUCUGGCAGACCGGCUCCGGCACCCAGUCCAACAUGAACGCCAACGAAGUCAUCUCGAACCGCGCCAUCGAGAUCCUCGGCGGCCAGAUGGGGAGCAAGAAGCCUGUCCACCCCAAUGACCACGUCAACAUGUCUGCUUCCUCCAACGACACCUUCCCGACCGUCAUGCACAUCGCUGCUGUUAUUGACCUCGAGGAGUCGCUCCUCCCUGCGCUAAAGAGCCUCCGCGAUGCUUUGAAGAAGAAGAGCGAGUUGUUCGAGAGCAUCAUCAAGAUUGGCAGGACGCACUUGCAAGAUGCUACACCCUUGACACUUGGCCAGGAGUUCUCUGGCUAUGUUCAGCAGCUCGACUUCGGCAUCGAGCGCGUUCAGUCUUCCCUGCCUCGUCUCAAGAUGCUCGCCCAGGGUGGCACUGCGGUCGGCACUGGUAUCAACACUUUCAAGGGUUUUGCCGAGGACAUUGCGUCGGAAGUCAGCAAGAUGACUGGACACGACUUCAUCACUGCGCCGAACAAGUUUGAAGCUCUUGCGGCACACGACGCUGUCGUCGAAGCUCACGGCCAGCUUAACACUCUUGCAACGUCCCUAUUCAAGAUCGCUCAAGACAUCCGCUUCCUAGGCUCCGGCCCGCGGUGCGGUCUUGGCGAGCUGAAGCUUCCAGAGAACGAGCCCGGCUCGUCAAUCAUGCCGGGCAAGGUCAACCCGACUCAGUGCGAGUCCCUCACCAUGGUCUGCACCCAGGUCUUCGGAAACAACGCCGCGACCACCUUUGCAGGCUCCCAAGGCAACUUUGAACUCAACGUGUUCAAGCCCGUCAUGAUCCGCAACCUGCUCCAUAGUUCUCGUCUCCUGGCUGAUGCCAUGAGAAGUUUCGAGAAGAACUUGGUGCAAGGCCUGGAGGCGGACGAGAAGCGCAUUGGUGCUUUGCUGAACGAGAGUUUGAUGUUGGUCACCUGCCUUAAUCCCGUCAUCGGAUAUGAUGCCGCCUCCAAGACCGCCAAGAAUGCGCACAAGAAGGGUAUCACUCUCAAGGAGAGUGCCCUCGAGCUCAAGACGAUCAGUGAGGAGGACUUCGACAAGCACGUCCGACCGGAGCUCAUGAUUGCGCCCAAGGAGAAGAAUUAG